AUGACGAAUAAUGAACUAUAUGGGACAAAUGUCAAUGACAGCUUCCUCCAUCAUGUUUUAGACUGCUUUCCAAAAGUUAUAACAACAAAAUCAAAUCUUCCUAAAGAUAUAGAGGAUGUGCAGCUACAAAGAAAAGUAUUGGUUAUUGAUGGUGAUGAUUAUUGUCUAGCAAAUAAAGCGCUAACUAAUGAAGUUGUUCUAAGAAGUAAACACAUAAAGGAAUCAAAAAAUAUUCUCAGUAGUUUAUUAGAGUUACUAGAUCAGAAUUUGGGACAAAAAUAUGAAAUAUCAAGUAAAGAAAUGUAUGGAAACAAAAAGCCUUGGAAAGAAAACAAGAUCGAAGAAAUGAAUACUGAAGGCAUGAUAUAUGUUAGCUAUUGGACGAAGGUAGAUGAUGAACACACUGUACCACUCUUAUUUCUCUCCUUUAUGUUGACAGAAGAGGAGAAUUUAACUCAUAAUGACCCAGUUUCAAGUGUAAUUUUCUUAUAUGAGAUUCAAAUAUCGAAAGAAUUGAGAAAGCAAGGUCUAGGACAAUACUUCUUAAGUAAUUGUCUCUUUCAAUGUGCUAAGCGACUACUUGAUAACGACUCUUUGAAUUUAGAAUUUCCAUUCGCGGGAAUUGAACUUACUGUUUUCGCCGAUAAUCUCCCAGCUAUUAAUCUGUAUCAAAAACUUGGCAUGACACACACUCCUGAAUCACCCAAGGAUGUAUUAUAUGACCAGAAUACUCGACGGAGAACUAGAAAUUCAAGAAAGAUCAACAACAAAAAUGAAAGUCCUAGGAUACUAAUAAAAAAGCCGCUAUAUUAUAUGUAUUGGAAGCCGAUAUUGUGA